AUGCAGAAUUUCUAUCUCGAGUAUUACGAGAAAAACAUCCAAGCUUUGUUCAAGUUUCUUGAAGACAACCGAUAUUUUGAAGGAUAUGGCCCAGGGCCCAUGCCUCUCUGGCCUACUCCUACAGACGGCUUACAACCUUCCAGAACUCUCAGUGUCAGAGCUGACAGGGCUCUACUUCUCACAAAUGCAUGUCGAGCUGCUCUUGCUCUCUACAAAGUCGUUGAGCAUCUUUCUAAAGACGUGCAACUACCUCCUCAGAUUUUGGAAGCCCACAGUGAAGUGAAACGGCUAGCCCAAAUAUUUAGACCAUACAACCAUAUUCCCAACGAUCCUUAUAGUGAUGAUCAUCCCAUGAGGAGACUGCCUGCGAUGAGAGCUGUUGAAGCCGCACUUGGUGUAAAGGUUUACUCUAGGGAUAAUUGUACUUAG